CAAAACAACAUGGACGGCGAUAGGCGGUCUCCGGCGGCGGCCGCGGCGGCAUCGGCGGCAUCGGUGCUUGACGACGACGACCUGCUCCGCGAGAUCCUCCUCCGCCUCGGCUUCCCCACCUGCCUCGUUCACGCCGCCCUCGUCUCCAAGCGGUGGCUCCUCCACGCCUCCGACCCGGUCUUCCUCCGCCGCUUCCGCGAGCGCAACCCGCCCCGCCUCCUCGGCUUCUGCAUCCGCGGCCUCGACGGGUAUUCUUUCGUGCCGCUGCCACAGCCCCCGGAGCUCGCCGUCCCCAUACACCGGGUGACCUCCUCCUGCGCAGCCGCCUUCUCCAACAUCAUCCAUCUGAUCAAGCACUGCCGGAACGGCCGCCUCAUCACCGAGUCCUUCCACCACAAGGGAACAGACAGGCAUGCCCUCCUUGCGCCGCUGCUCGCCGGGGAAUCCGCAGCCUUCCCCCCGCCCAACCCGCCACCCUCCCGUGAUUGGGACGGGCGCGCUCAAGUCAGAUACAUUGAGGUGUUCCUACCCGAGGAUGGGGGCCUCGACGGCAUCACCUUGGUGCAUCUCUGGAAUGUCGGUCGGAAAAUCUAUGCGGAGGUGUGCGUCCUGGGGUCCGACGGAUGGGGCGUCCCUGCCAGCGCAGAGAUGGAGCUCCCUGCUCACAUGGAGCUCGCUGCUCAGAGGUAUGACGAACGCUUCCUUGCUGAUAUGCUACCACCCGUCCUUGGCAAGGUCUUCAUGGUGACCACCUCUGGGGGGUUCACCCUGGGUCUAGAUUUGGCAACGGCGAGCUUUUUCACCCUUGAGCUCCCAGUUGGAGUGCAGAGCAACUAUAAGCUCUCAUGUGCGGAGGAUUCCGGGCUCUAUCUUGUCAGUGCAGACGGGUUUCAGCUCAGUGUGUGGCUCCAUCCAAUGAUCGGCGACGACGAUGGUGCAGGCAAUUGGCGGCUGGUGGACACAUUUUGUGUCCAUGAGACAUGCACACGUCUUGUGGAUCAUUAUUGGGUGCCUCUUUAUAAUUUUAUUGCUGUUGAUUUUGUCGGGGACAAUGCCGACUUUGCAAUCUUGGAUCAUCCAGCAAGCGACAUUCUCUUUUAUGUUCAUCUCAGGAGCAGGGUGGUUGAGAAGGUGUAUCAGAGGCCGACACGUUUCCUUACAGUUCUGGCUGCUGGCGGCUUACAUAUCUCUCCUGUUAUGAUGACCUGGCCACCUAUCUUCCCGGCACUGAACAUUUGACCUCUGUAAUAUCGUCACCGAGUAUGACUUCUGUUGUACUC